UUGUAUUAUUUGAAUUACUUUUGGCAACUAGACCUGCCGGCAACAAUUUUGCGUAGUUGGAUCGCAGCGUUUGCGUGUGUGAGGUAAAGUUUUGCCAUUUUGUCAGUAUUUCGACACGAAAGGUCUUGCGCGGAAAAUGUCAGCUCCAAAAACAAAAAUUUUUGUUGGUCAUUUGCCAGACGGCUGUACAGAUGAUGAUCUACGUGCUUUGUUUUCGAAAUAUGGGUCAGUUACAGAGUGUGAUGUAAUAAACAAAUAUGGUUUUGUUCAUAUGGCAACACCUGAGCAAGCUCAAGAAGCUGUGAAGAAUCUUAAUAAUUACAAUCUCAUGGGAUCCAGCAUAAGUGUUGAGCCUUCAAAAAGCAAACUACAUCCAGAACCUGGUGCACCAGGUCGAGCCAAUAAGCAAACUGUCUUGAGUCGCAGAGGAUCUAAUGCACCUAGAAAUGGAUAUGGCCCUGUUUCUCGCGGAAGUUUUGGUGGUGGUUUUCCCAAUGGUUACAGACGUUUUGAUGGGCCACCAUUGGGUGGAGAUUCCUUUUAUGAUCGGCCAUUUGGAUUUGGCCGAGAAAGAAUGAGGCCAUAUCCUCCACCCUAUGAGCGACGAAGCCCAAAUAUGCCCCCAUUGCGUGAUGAUUAUCCACGAAGGCCACUUCCACCAUUGGCGAGUGUUGAUCCAUAUUCAAGGCCCCUGCCACCCUUGAGUAUGCGAGACGAUUUAUAUGAGAGAAGACCAAUGCUUGAGCGUUCUGAUUACCUUUAUUCUCGCAGGUCGCCUCCUGCACCUAUGAGAUCUUCUUAUUGGUAUGACAGUGUGGCUAAUGGUUUCCAGCUACCAAGUUAAGUUUUUCUCUAUGCCUAUGAAUGUGACCACUCUCCGUGGCUUCAAGCACAUAUUUACAAAGUACCACUACCUCCUCCUGACGUCCCUUCGAUCCGCAUUGAGUGAAUUACGCAUAGAAGACCAACAGUGGUGUGUACUUGUCAAGACUAGUUCAGUUGCACCUUAAAAUACUGUAUAGAGACGUCAUGUGUCUCUUCCUCAUAAUGAAGCAUAUUUUGACAUGGAGUCCAAGUUCUUGUUUGUAUACAAGAUUAGCAGCGUCUAGAUUUUAUUUAUAUAUGAACUAAAACCUUUCUUUAUGUCUUCCUCCGCUAGUUCAUGUCGCUAGUGCAUAAACAAUUCCAGUUCAUUUUGCUAUAUAUGUGGUAGUUUUACCAUUCCCAGUUAAGUGACAAACAUUGUUACAUUUGUAAGGUAAUUCUAUUUUUGCCUAUUUUAAACUGAAAAUUGAUAUCAAGGUAAAUCACAAUCCUCUUGCAGAGUAUGCAAGUGGUGUGCUGAGAGUAGUUUUGUGAUGUGGAUGAAGGAAGCAUGUUCUAAAUUACCAUUUGGUAUAACUGAUUAGGUGAGAGCCCAACGAUGACUCAAGUGAUUGUUACUUAUGUUACAACAAGAAAAACAAAUGUAGAAAAAGUAUCUUAGUUUACCAUUAGCUAUACAUUUAGUGCCAGUUUUCAAAGAAUUACCCUCUUUGGAAAUACAUGAUUAUGAUUCUGGUGAAUACAUACUGACCUCUGAAGAUUUUGAAAUUUAAGGUGAUUCUGUUUGUAAGGGAUUUGACCAGCAUGAGUUUGAAUAAUUUGGCAUGAGAUUUGAGACUAUCCAAUAGCUGUCCAAGUGAUGAUGGAUUUGUGUAUUGCUAUAUAACAUACAUGUUUAAUGGAAGAGUUGGGAAUUUUAGCCUAUAACACAAGUCAAUGAUGUUUAUUCAUUGAUGGCUCAAGGUAGAGUUUAAAAUAUUGCUCAAGGUGGAGCUUGAAAUGUGUUCUCCUCAAUGCAGAUUUAUUUGGUGCAGUUCCAAUAGGCCAUUGAGUAUGUUUUUGUAAAGAAUAUGAAGGCAUAGAGUCAUUGAUUUGUUGCAAUAUCACAUGCAUCAAUGGAUCAUCUGUGUUAAUGUUAAAGUGAUCUGCUUCCUUACUACUGUAUUGAGAAACAGUGCUGAUAUACCAAGUAUCCCUGUUUUUUGUGUGACAGCAGGUGAGAAGUAUUGGGCAGUUGAAAUGGUCUCAAGAUCUGACGUAAACCCUGGUGAUUGAAACAUUCUACAAUAGCCACUCGUCCACAGAAAGAACAUUAUAUUUCCACCUCUGCGUAUAAAACUGUCUCAUGAAGCAGUUUAUGCAUUGAAGGAGAUUGUUUUAAGUAUCUCAUUUCAGCAUUACCUAGUGUGUCAUUUGAAAAGAUAAUGGGUGAUGUAUUUGAUGAUCCGCAGAUUCGGCAAAUCGUUGAAGAUUGUUUCAUCGUGGCAGUGACAGAACUUCAAAAGAAGUUUGUUUUGCAUUCAAGAACAUUUUCAAAGACUUUGUUGUUGGAAAUACAUGAGUAUAGAAUUACAGAGAAAUAAUCCAAAAACUUUUGGAGAGCUUCAAAAUGCUUGAUUGCAACAUGAGCAUCAAAUUGCAUUUUUUACAUAGCCAUCUUGAUAAACUUCCAGAAAAAUCUUGGUACGGUCAGAGAUGAACAGGGUGAGCUAUUCCAUCAAGAUUUGAAUGUUAUAUGGAAGCACGUUGCCAAGGUAGAUUGAGGUGUGCAUAUGAUUGCUCACUAUUGUCGGAGCAUUAAGCAAAAAUGUCUGCAGAUUAAGCUCUCCAGAAGAAGGGCUAAUUAAAACUUUUGAUCUUAAUAUGUUUACAUGCUUAGCAUUUGUUAAAAAAAUUUACUAUUUGCAUGAACAAAAUUUAAGUUGCAGUAACUAUAUAUAACUUUUGUAUGAAUAAAACUAUUCUUUGUAAA